AUGAAAGCACAUACUCAAUUCCGAUCCCCCUUCGUUCUGGGUUUGAUGCAAGGCAGCAGGGGGUGCCCUGGCCGCAGUUAG